AUGCCCAAGCGAGGCAGAUCACGCCAGAGCUUGUCGUUGUUCGCCUCCCUCCCGACAGACCUCCGCCAUGCCAUCAGGUCCGGCUCAAGAGGGAGGUCCUCUUCGAGCGCCAGGUUCAGCGUAGAGCCCGCCUCCGCACUUGAGAUCGCCCCGGAGACCAGCAAACCUGGUAUCAAAAUCCUUCAGGAGAUCGAGGGAAGUACAUUACUCAAGACACAACCAGACUCAGAAAGCGAGGACGAGGAGGAUGAGGUAGUGGACAUGGACAUUACUCUGCUCUCUCAAGACGAUGUCAUGAACUCGGAGCCUGUACCCCGCCCCGUGGUAGUUGUACCUACAACGAAUCCCUCAUCUCUAUCCGUUCCUCUUCCCUCGGCGAAGUCUCCCCCUCCUCACCGCAAAUCUGCCAAUUUCGAACAAAGCUGGCUUGGGAUACGCUCUGAGUACGUGCAUCCCAUGACGGCCAAGCAACGCAAGAAUUAUGUGAAGCGGAUGAAGAAUGGCAAGGCCGUGCUCAAUCCGCAUCUUGGCCACCCAUGGGACUGUACGGGGCUGGUGCCGAGAUAUGUGAAAGAGCAGGAGGUGCCAUAUGAAUUGCGAAAAUAUUAUCAUCAAAGAGGGUUUCUGUUUCCAGAUUAUGAUAGAUUACCACUGCUCAUGGAUCAAACGGGGUGGUUCUCUGUAACUCCUCAGCCCAUUGCAGCCCACGUUGCUCAGAGGUGCCAAUGCGAUGUCAUAGUGGACGCCUUCUGCGGCGUAGGAGGCAACGCUAUCGAGUUUGCCAAAACCUGCGAACGGGUCAUAGCUAUAGACAACGACCUCACCCGUCUCCGCCUCGCACGCCAUAACGCUCUGCAUCAUGGUGUAGCCGACAGAAUUGAAUUCAUCUUGGGUGACUAUAUGGAAUGGGCUCGUUCUCUUUCCGCUCGCGAAUCCGACGCUAUAGAUGUCGUGUUUCUAUCUCCUCCAUGGGGUGGAAUUGACUAUCGCUCCGGUCCAAAUUCCUCCUACCCUCUCUCCGCUCUUCUCCCAAUCCAUGGCCGCGAACUCUUCCAUCUCACCUCACGCCUGACUCCCAAUAUCGCGUACUAUCUCCCGCGAAAUACCGAUUUGCAGGAGCUAGCGGACCUUGCUCGAGAGGUAACAUUACCUGGGCUGGGCAAAGAGAAGGAGUAUGUGGAGGCGGAAGAGGAGACAGUCAGGGGUAAAGUCAAGGCUCUGACUUUUUAUUUUGGGGGCCUCAUUUCGGAUGAGUAG